AUGGAGAACUCUGAAGGCCAAGUUAUCGAUCUUUACAUUCCUCGCAAGUGUUCUGCCACCAACCGUCUUAUCACUGCCAAGGAUCACGCUUCCGUUCAAAUCAACGUUGCUGAUGUUGAUGCUGAGGGUCGUGCUACCAACAGUUUCGCCACCUAUGCUUUCUGUGGUUUCCUUCGCAAGGAAGCUGAGUCUGACGAUGCCCUUAACCGUCUCUCUCAACAAGAUGGUUACUUGAAGAACGUCUUCUCUUACCAACAAUAA